AUGUUGCUAAAUUUGCAGCCCCAUAGCGUGAUUGCUGUGGGUGUUGUACUUCCGACAAUUGCAUCGGCCGCCGUCACACUAAGAUUUCUCACUCGAAGCAGACUUAGGAUUCCGCUAAGAGAAGACGACUGGGUAGUUCUUGUCUCUGCUAUCCUAGUAUGGGGCCUUGGAAUCACUAUUAUUGCUGGCGCCGCGCUUGGGUCACUAGGGGCUCAUUCGAAGCCAGCUGCUCCCAACGCGCCACACCACAACACAAUAUCUCGAGGUCGGGCGGAUGAUAUUGCGGAGCGGAUUGUCCUUGGCUACAGCAUUGUCGAGAAAAUCACAUUUGGCGUCAUCAAAACAAGCGUGCUACUAGCAUAUCGGAGGAUAUUUCGGGGCAAAAUCUUCAAUGCCGUGUCUCUAGGCAUGAUCAUUGUUUGUACGGUGCUUGCGCUUGCAUUUCUUAUCACAUCCGCUUUUCAAUGCAGGGUACGAAAUUGGAGUCUACAAUACCAAUCGUGGUCACAUCAACGCCACUGCAUCCAGGCGGAAAUAUCUUGGUCUGGUUAUGCUAUCGCAGACGUCGUUACGGAUUUUGUCCUGCUUCUUUUCCCAGUGCCACUGGUAUGGAAGCUGCAGCUUACUCUGUCUAAAAAAAUCAGUGUUCUAUUGGUAUUUUUACUUGGAUCAUUGUCAACUGCGGUUGCCAUUGUGAGGAUGGUGGUGAUAUUGUUUUUCACUUAUGGCUCUUCUGGUGGAUAUAGAGAUCUGUUGGAUACAAUAUCCACAGCCUUAGUUUGGAGCUUGGUUGAAGCAUCAGUCGCAAUAUUUGCCUCGUGUUUGCCUUCUAUACGCCCACUCAUUCAUCGAUCAUCUACCAGUAUCGGCUUAAGCAAGCGAUUGUAUGGUCAGUCCGUAUCAAAUCCAACGGGGAUGCAGUUGGCGGCGCGACCUAGUACAUUAUAUGAGCUCGAAAAUAUCGAUAUUUGGCAAGAAUUGUCGGAGGAACUUGGAGAAAGUACUAGUACUAGUAAGAAAUAG